GAAGUAAUUGCAUAAAACUGAAAUUGCAGCAGUGAGACGCUGGACAUGAGGCGGAUUUAGUGUGCUUUUAACUUGUUUUAUUUGCUUUACCAGACGCCCGAUGCCUCCAAAAAAGCCAGCCCCGGCCACGGCCACGGCCCCGGCCCCGGCCCCUGAAGAGCUGCCGCCCGCCUCCGAAGAAAACGAGAAGCAGGAGCAAGAAACAGCGAGUGCUGAUGUGACACGCAAGGCUGCAAGUAACCCCUCAACGAUGACUAUGAUGAGAGAAGCGCUGAAAGAGCUUGACUCGCGUAAAGGGGUCUCCUCCCAGGCGAUACAGAACUACAUCAAGCAGAAAUACCCCACAGUGGACGCGGUGAGGCUGAAGUACCUGGUCCGUAAGACCCUGAUCAAGGGACUUGAGAGCGGGAUGCUGGUGAGGCCGGCCAACUCCGCCGUGGCGACUGGCGCACAGGGAAAGUUUCGGCUUGCACCCAAACAAGCCAAGGAGCCGAAGCCCAAAACUGAGAACUCGGAUCCCAAUGUGCAAAAAGCGCCCAAAGAGGGAGCCAAGAAGCCCAAAGAAGCAGGUGCCACAAAGAAAAAAGACCCUGUGAAGAAACAGAAGUCUCAGGAGACUGCUAAAAAGGCAAAGGUGGACGAAGGGGCCACAACUUCAAAGGUCGCACCAGCGAAGAAGCCGAAGGCUAAAAAGGCUGCCAAAGCUGAGGGGGAUGGAGCCUCUACUUCUGCCAAACCUAAAGCAAAGACAGCAAAAGGUGAAAAGGCUGCCCAGGGCAAAGCUGUCAGCGCUGAUGGUGACGCCCCUGCCACUAAAGCAACAGGGAAACGAGGCAAGAAGGUUGCAGAGUGAACUAGUAUUAAAUGUAUUUUUAAUGGCUCUUGUUUUGCAAUAAAAUCUUUUGAAGCUCUUA